GGCUGCUAAUGAAUGUUUGUCUCUGUUUUGUUUAGAGCAAACGUCAGAUCUUAGAAGAAACAAAGAACAAAAAUGCCUUUGUUUAGUAAAUCGUACAAAAACCCUGCUGAGAUUGUGAAAUCUCUGAAAGAAAACUUGGCCAUAUUGGAAAAGCAGGAUAAAAAAACAGACAAGGCAUCAGAAGAAGUUUCCAAAUCGCUCCAAGCGAUGAAGGAGAUUCUGUGCGGCACCACUGACAAGGAGCCCCCGACGGAGGUUGUGGCUCAGUUAGCUCAAGAGUUGUACAACAGCGGCCUGCUGGUCAGCCUCAUAGCCAACUUGCAGCUCAUCGACUUUGAGGGCAAAAAGGAUGUCUCCCAAAUAUUCAACAACAUCUUAAGAAGACAGAUUGGAACUCGGAGUCCCACAGUGGAAUAUGUUAGUGCCCAUCCACAUAUCCUGUUCAUGCUGCUCAAAGGAUAUGAAACACCUCAGAUCGCCUUACGUUGUGGAAUUAUGUUGAGAGAAUGCGUUCGGCACGAGCCUUUGGCCAAAAUCGUCCUCUUCUCGGAUCAGUUCAGAGAUUUUUUCCAAUACGUGGGAAUGUCAACCUUCGACAUAGCUUCUGAUGCUUUUGCUACUUUUAAGGACCUGCUCACAAGACACAAAGUGUUGGUAGCAGAAUUAUUAGAACAAAAUUAUGACAUGUUCUUCGAGGAUUAUGAAAAGCUGCUUCAUUCUGAGAAUUACGUGACGAAGAGACAAUCUCUAAAGCUGCUGGGCGAGCUGAUCCUGGACCGGCACAACUUUGCCAUCAUGACCAAGUACAUCAGCAGACCGGAGAACCUGAAGCUGAUGAUGAACAUGCUGCGUGACAAAAGCCCCAACAUCCAGUUCGAGGCCUUCCACGUCUUCAAGGUCUUUGUGGCCAGCCCAAACAAGUCACCUGCCAUCGUGGACAUCCUGUUGAAAAACCAGCCCAAGCUCAUCGAGUUCCUGAGCAACUUCCAGACGGAGAGGGCAGACGACGAGCAGUUCACGGAUGAGAAGAACUAUCUGAUCAAGCAGAUCCGAGAUCUGAGAAAGCCAGCAGCACCCUGAAGGUCUCCUUUUCUAGUCUACCAGAAGCCUUGAUCUCGUUCUGUCUGUGUUGUUUGGGUCAGGGUGGGGGGAACUCACAGUGCACUGCGAAGUGCCAUUUUUUCCUUUGCUAAAGCCAGUAUCUAGAGUGGUAGCAAUUUUACACAGCUAUGCGGUCCCAGAAUUAUGUAUUUUAAUCAAAGCCUAUGAUUAUUUGUCAGUCAGACGUGAAUCUUAUCGUCCCACUGGCUGCAGGCCGCUUUGCUACUACUUUAACAAGAUCAGGUGAAUGAUUUGUGCAACCUUAAAGCUCCAACGUUGGGUAACUGUCUUUUGCAUUGCGAGUAUGGUGUUGUGCGCUCUGCCUCCUGUGUGGUAGUGCAGUUUGAAGCCAAGGAAAUAAGGGCGAUAUUUUGUUUUACAUUCAUUCCUAGUUGGUGUAAACUAUUUCUGUGUUCUCACUCCCUCUACACAGCUGAGAUUCCUGUCCUCACUGUUCCAACCCACAUUUUUGUGGAUCAGCACUUCUGAGAGGAGGGUAGAUACAGAGUCAAGGAUACGAUGGUCUUAGUUUGUAGACUGGUAGGCUUUUUAAAGAGGUUGUCACCCAGAUCAAAAUUAGUCCUGUGUCUUUUCUUUCCGGAGGGACCAAAUAGCCCCCUUCAGUGAAGCCAAACUGUUGUACUAUAUCUUUUGAGUUUCUCAUUGAGGUUGCGUGUGUUUUCAUAUUCAAUAUUAUGGCUGAUAGAUACAAGUUGCUCAUGUUACAGGUGUGAGAAAUAGGAAUUGAGCAAGGAAUGAGCAGUUUGGCUGAUUUAUGGCAGGAAGCGCAAGACAGGAACAGCAGUUGGCUUUGUAAAAAGGGCACCUUUUCUUUUUCUUCCCCCAAAAUGAGCACUUUGUUUUUAGGGAGGGGCCCCUGGAUGUGUCUGUGGAUGCUGUACUUGCCUGGCCUGAUGCAGAUGCCGCCUCCCCCCUCCCCACAAGAGAGCAACUGUUUUGAGCCUGUUUCUUAUUUAGACUUUGUAUGGGAAAAUAUUAACCAUUUUUGAGUGUAUAAUCUGAAUGUUAAGAAUGUGAAUCCAGCUUUGUAAAAGGCUGAUUUAGAAAAAUCAUUGCACUGUAAUGUUUGUGAUUAAUAAUAAUAAAAAAAAUGUUCCCACAGGA